AUGGAGUUCUUCGAGGGCGCGAUGACAGUCCGGCUGCAGAGCUGCCACGGGACGUACCUGGUGGUAGAUGAGCAUUGGCAUCGCGUGAUGCUGCGGUCAGACCGCUUCUGUGACGGUGCCCGGUGGACCGUCGUGAUCGUCACCGAUGCUAGCGGCCAGCGGCGGCUCCGACUCAGGAGCUUCUACGGCCGCUACCUCGCUCCUCACCCCACGGAUGACAGCAUAUUCUUUGGCAGGAAGGUGAUGCUGGAUGACUUGGGCCCCGGCGUCAACUGGGAGCCGCUCCGCGAGAACUCCGACGUCCGGCUCAGGUGCGUCUUCAAUCAGUUCCUCCGGGCCGACUCUGUCAACUUGACGUGGCGCGAACCGGUGACGGUCGACUACCGGUCGAUCCUCGGUAUACGACGUCGCUUUCUGUGGCGCGUCGAAGCCAUCGGGGUGGCCCCUGUUCCUCUUCCACAGUCGUGGCGGCCACCGACGCAGCUGCCUCCUCCUCCUCCUCCUCCUGCUGCUGCUGCAUGUAGCAUCGCAGUGCUGAAGAGGAGGGAGGAGACAGAGUAG